CUGGGCCUUGGCCCCGUCCCUUCCGGCUAGGAGGUGGCGGAAGUGAUAUCAUCCUUCCUAGUAGCAAUGUGGCAAGACUUCCGGCGGGGCUGCCAGGCGGAGGAACAUCAGGAAAUAAUGAAAAAUCUUGGAACCCACCUCUGAAGAUGGGAAGGCGACAUUAUGUUGGGCCCAGCCGGGGUAAAGGCCCUCUUCCUGUUCAGAUUAAGCGUAGGAGAACCUUUAGAGGGAAAACCGCACAGAAGAUCCUGGGAAAGGAUGUGCUCCAUUUGGAAAGAUCGCGGAAAUGCUUCAGGCAGUUCUGCUACAAGGAGGCAGAAGGACCCAGAAGGGUUUGCAGCCAGCUCCACCAGCUCUGCUCCCAGUGGCUGAAGCCAGAGAAGCACACCAAGGCGGAGAUGCUGGACCUGGUAGUCCUGGAGCAGUUCCUGGCUGUCCUCCCUCCGGAUAUGGAGCGCUGGGUGAGGGAGUGCGGGGCAGAGACCAGUUGCCAGGCGGUGGCUUUGGCUGAAGGCUUCCUCCUGAGCGAAGCAGAUGAAGAAAAAGAGAAUGAGGAGCAGGAUGUACUUGUGGAAGAUACAGCCAAUACCACAGAGAAAUCUUCUGAGACCAAUUCAGUCAAGCCAGAGAGUGACAGAGUCACCACCUCAGUGGAAGGAAGAACAAGGUUGCAGUCGACACGUGUUAACCCAUCUCCUGAUUUGGAUGCUCCUCAUGGCACUUCAGCGGGUCAGAUGGAUUGUGAAGAGUUGGAUGUGGAUUUCACGGAGGAGGAGUUGCCACUGCUGGACCCAGACCAAAAAGAGCUUCACAGGGAAGCAAUGGAAGAGAAUUUCAGGCUUGUGGUUUCUCUGGGUCGUGAAGAGCAAUUGGAAGAGAACAGAGAGGAGCCAAACAAGGAAUUGUCGAAAAGCGUUGACUGUAAACAGGUGGAACUGAAAGAAAGAAGCCCUAACGCUUCUGGGAAGAAGAGGAAGAAAACACCAACUUCUGAGGGUGAGGAGGCUUGUGAAAUCCCACCCUCAGAAAAAAAUAAAAAAAGGAAAGCAAAGAAUCAAAGUAUCCAUCUCCUGUGUGAAAAAUGCUUCAAUUGUAAACAAAUUCUUAAUACUCCUGAGAAAACUGAUACGGGAGAAACGCCUUCAAAAGAUGGGGAGUAUGGAAAGAGCACCAGAGUUAGCAAAGGCCGAGUUUCCCAUCCACGAAAUAAGAAGAGUCGGAAGCCAUUUAAAUGCUCCGAUUGUGGAAAGAGCUUCACUAAGAAGAGGCAGCUGACUUGUCAUCAAGCAACUCACACAAGAGAGAAACCAUUUCAGUGCUUGGAUUGUGGAAAGAGCUUCCCUCAGAAGCUGCUCCUCACCUUCCAUCAAAGAAUGCACCUGGGGGAGAAACGAUACUCAUGCUUGGAGUGUGGAAAGAGCUUCCUGUGGAAGUGGAGCCUGAAUACCCACCAAGAGUCCCAUAAAGGGAAGACAUCAUUUAAAUGCUCAGAAUGUGGGGAGAUCCUCAGUUGGAAGGCACGCGCCCGUGACCAUCCAACAACUCGCCGAGUGGAGAAGACCUUCAAGUGCUUGAAGUGUGGAAGGAGCUUCAGGCAGAAGUCGCACCUUACUCGUCAUCAAAGAAUCCAUACUGGGAAGAAACCCUUUAAAUGCUUGGAGUGUGGAAAGAGCUUUACUUGGAAAGUCAACCUCGCUUCCCACCAGAGAGCUCACGCGAGAGAGAAGUCUUGCAAAUGCUUUGCAUGCGGGAAAAACUUCAAGCAGAAGGCACGCCUCACGCGUCAUCAAGUCACUCACACAAAGGAGAAACCAUUUCAGUGUACGGAGUGUGGGAAGAAGUUCAGCUGGAAGACAGACCUCACGCGCCAUCGGAAACUUCACAAAGGCGAGCGGCCAUAUAAGUGCCUGGAGUGCGGAAAGAGCUUCAAUCAGAAGACGCACUUGACCUGUCAUCAAAGGGUUCACACGGGGUUGAAACCGUUUCAGUGUUUGGAGUGUGGGAAGAACUUCAGUCAGAAGACACACCUCAUUCGUCACGAAAGAGUCCACACAGGAGAGAGGCCAUAUGAAUGCCCGGAGUGUGGAAAGGGCUUCACUCGGAAGGAUGUCCUCACUUGUCAUCAGAAAAUUCACACGGGAGAAGCCACAGGAAAGGAGAUUCCACCUGAACAUUAGGAAGAAGUUCCUACCUGUGAGAGCUGUUCACAGUUGGAACUCUCUGCCCCGGAGUGUGGUGGAGGCUCCUUCUUUGGAGGCUUUUAAACAGAGGCUGGAUGGCCAUCAGUCAGGAGUGCUUUGAAUGCGAUUUUCCUGCUUCUUGGCAGAAUGGGGUUGGACUGGAUGGCCCACGAGGUCUCUUCCAAUUCUAGGAUUUUAUGAUUCUUCCAACUCUGAAAAUAUUUUUCUGCAACAUUUUAAAUGGCAGGUGACUGACAUUUUUUAAUUCAAUCAAGUAUGGUUUAUGAACCAAACUUAGUUUUUUUAGAAUCGAAAUGCAAAGGGAGGGAUUUCUGAAACUGGAAAGAGCGCCGUGAAGCAGAAUCAGCAUUUGUAAAGCUUGCUAAUGAAGUACAGAUGGAGCAUUUUCUGCAGAGUCCACUGUAAAUAAUGAUACUAAUCAUGGUAUAAUAUUGCCUCCCUUCAAGGCUUGAAGUGGGGUACAACACAGAUAAAAUAUAUAGAUAGAAUCAUAAGGCCAUUAAAAGACAUAUUCUGAAAUGUGAUUUGAAUCACAUUUGAAGCCCCCCCCCCCCCCAACAGAUGGCUAAACAGAAGCUGGAUGGCCAUCUGUUGGGUGUGCUUUGAAUGCGAUUUUUCUGCUUCUUGGCAGGGGGUUGGACUGGGUGGCCCAUGAGGUCUCUUCCAACUCUUUGAUUCUAUAAGUCUACAGACAUAAGAUUAAAACACCUUAAAAUCCUUUAUGCUAAUAGAAUGCAAAUUCAAAUUCCAAAGUUAAGAUCAAUUCAGUAGACCUGACAGAAGAGAGAGGUCUUUAAAUGUGUUUUAAACUCUGAAAUGAAAUGAAACUUUAUUUAUAGCUUUCCCUAUCUCCCCAAAGGGACUCAGGACAGCUCACAACAAAAUACACAAUGCCAAACAUUCAAUGCCGUUUGAAUACUUUCUAAUACCAAGUAUUAGAAGUUAGUUUAUAAGUUGUAUUGAGCUUAUGUUAUUUUAUGUUUUGCUUUGAUUGUCUGUAUUUGGGCAUUGACUGUUUGCCAUUAUGUUAUUUUUUGUAAACCACCCUUUGGGAAGAGAGGGUGGGUUAUAAAUAAAGUAUUAUUAUUAUUAUUAUUAUUAUUAUUAUUAAUGCCAACAUUACUCUAUAAGCAAAUCAAUAAACAAAUCAAGAACAACUCAAUAAAUUAUAACUUGAUUGCUGUGAGUUUUUCGGGCUGUUUGGCCAUGUUCCAGAAGCAUUUUCUCCUGACGUUUUGCCCACAUCUAUGGCAGGCAUCCUCACAGGUUGAGAGGUCUAUUGGAAACUAGGCACUUGGGGUUUUUAUAUCCGUGGAAAGUCCAGGGUGGGAGAAAAAACUUGUCUGCUUGAGGCAAGUGUGAAUGUUGCACCUUGAUUAGCAUUGAAUGGCCUUGCAGCUUCAAACCCUGGCUGGUUGAUGCAACAGUUUCUAACAGACCUCACAAGCUAUAAGGAUGCCUGCCAUACAUUAUUAUGAAAUAUAUGUAUGUGUGUGUAAAUUAUAUAUGACGAAAAUUCUUAAGAGCAAGCCCAGGGUAUUAGCUUGAUUUUAACAGAUUUUAAGGGGUUUUAAAGGAAUUUUAACCAUUUAGUUUAAUUCUUUUUUAGUAUUUCUGUUUUAUGGAUUUUAUUCAAUUUUAUUAUAAAUUGUAAUAUUUUUUAAUGUUGUGAGCUGCUCUGUGUUUUAAGAGAGAAAAAGCAAGAUAAUACAUGGUACGUAGAUAGUAAACAUAAAGGUUUUCCUCUGACAUUAAGUCUAGUUGUGUCCAGCUCUGGGGGUGGUGCUCAUCUCCAUUUCUAAGCCAAAGAGCCGGCAGAGAAGGCUGAGAGGAGACAUGAUAGCCAUGUAUAAAUAGGUGAGGGGAAGCCUCCUAACCAUCACAGUUUGUGAUGAAUGACAAGACUCUGCACCUCUGCACAUAUAAAUAGGUGAGAGGAAGCCACAGGGAGGAGGGAGCAAGCUUGUUUUCUGCUUCCCUGGAGACUAGGACG